CGCCUCGGAGCUUGGGAUAAAGGGCUGGCAGCGAGAGGCGCUCCGCUCCCCAGCAGCCGCCUUCCCCUUUAGAGACGCGAAGCUUGCCAGUGCUAUCGUGGGGGAAGGAAGACUAGAGACAUCACUGUGAACUGCCACUUGGGCACAAAUUUGGGAGCGCACAAGUUGGCAGCAGGCGCCUACGCGCUCCCAGCAGGGCCGGAGGUAGCUCGUCCUUUUCUGCCACUUUGCUGCAAACUUCAACGACGCUCAGCGACCUUCGAAGCUGUGUGGCUCCACCGCGACCCCAUUUCAAAAAGAGGACCGAGCCAACAGAUCUGAAAGCAGCUUUUGGUUUGGAAUUAACCCAGAAGAGUUUUGACAUCAUUCAUCAUGAACAGUGAAGAAUGGUUUAGAGUAACUGCUUUGCUAGUCAUAGCUCAGGCAGUUUCUACGAUGGUGCUCCCCAAUUCAACAGUAUUUGAGGACAUGCUGGAAAAAUACAUGGAUGAAGAUGGUGAAUGGUGGAUUGCAAAGCAAAGAGGAAAAAGAGCUAUCACUGACAAUGAUAUGCAAAGUAUCUUGGAUAUUCAUAAUAAAUUGCGGGGUCAAGUUUAUCCACAAGCUUCCAAUAUGGAAUACAUGACAUGGGAUCCAGAGUUGGAAAGAUCAGCUCAGUCCUGGGCUGAGACAUGUCUUUGGGAACAUGGACCUGCAGGUCUUCUUCCAUCCAUUGGUCAGAAUUUGGGAGCACAUUGGGGAAGAUAUAGACCUCUAACAUUUCAUGUCCAAUCAUGGUAUGAUGAAGUGAGAGACUUUACUUACCCAUAUCCUCAAGAGUGCAAUCCUUAUUGCCCCUAUAGAUGUUCUGGUCCUGUAUGUACUCAUUAUACUCAGGUGGUAUGGGCAACAAGUAACCGAGUAGGCUGUGCAGUCAACCUGUGUCAUAAUAUGAAUGUAUGGGGACAGAUAUGGCCAAAAGCAAUUUACUUAGUAUGCAAUUAUUCACCCAAGGGCAAUUGGUGGGGACAUGCCCCAUACAAACACGGCCGUCCAUGUUCUGAAUGUCCCCCAAGUUUUGGGGGAGGCUGCAGAGAAAAUCUUUGUUAUAAAGAAAGUUCAGAAAGGCAUUACUUUCCAGAGAUAGAAACCAAUGAAGUUGAACGACAUCAGUUACAUGUUCAGAAUGCAUUACAAAAUCAAGUGCAAUCACAAGCAUCUCCCCGUGAUAAUAGUGAAAGAAAUGAAGUCAUAAGCAAACAACAGAUGUCUCAAAUUGUUUCCUGUGAACUACGGUUAAGAGACCAGUGCAAAGGAACAACAUGUAAUAGGUAUGAAUGUCCUUCUGGAUGUUUGGACAGCAGCGCCAAAGUUGUGGGAAGUGUCUAUUAUGACAUGCAAUCAAGCAUCUGUAGAGCUGCAAUACAUUAUGGUAUCCUAGACAAUGAUGGUGGCUGGGUUGAUGUUACCAGACUAGGAAGAAGAAAUUACUUCAUAAAGUCCCAAAGAAAUGGAGUCCAGUCAGUUGGGAAAUAUCAAUCGGCUAAUUCAUUCACUGUCUCUAAAAUAACAGUACAAGCUAUCACUUGUGAAACUACGGUAGAACAGUUAUGUCCAUUUUAUAGGCCAGCCACGCAUUGCCCAAGGGUCCACUGUCCUCAUAACUGUAUGCAGGCAAAUCCACAUUACGCCCGAGUGAUUGGAACUAUAAUUUAUUCUGAUAUGUCUAGUAUCUGCCGAACAGCAGUACAUGCUGGAGUAAUUCGCAAUGAAGGCGGCUUUGUAGAUGUCAUGCCAGUGGAUAAGAGAAGAAUGUACACUGCUUCAUUUCAAAAUGGCAUUUUUUCAGAAAGUUUACAGAAUCCUCCAGGAAGCAAAGCAUUCAGAGUAUUUGCAGUGGUUUGAAGACAAGAAAAUGGCUUCUAUAAUAUCAAAUGCAAAUUUUUACAAGAAACAAAAUUCAUUUUGAUAUGCUUCAAGUUUGUAUAAUAGUGUAAUAUGGUUGUACAGAAGAUAUAUACUAUUUGGUGAUUAGAAGAGUGUUUAACUACAUGAGAAUCUUAAUGAAAAACAAUUUAAAAUGUUAAACAUUGAAAAUUGCAUUUGAGAAGCGAUGAUGAUGGAAAAGUAUAUUAAUCCUGUGUUAAAUAUUGCUAUAUUUUCUUAGCAUUUAUUUCUAUGCGGUGCAUUCAAAACUCAUAAACGUUCCACAUUUUGUUUUUAAAAAAGAUUACAUAAAUAGUACGGUUAAGUUUUAUAUAUGCCACUAACAUUAACUGGAAAAGUAUAUUUGUGAUAAAAGUUAUAACUCUUGUAUAUAGAAUGUACCAUUGUUUAAAACUUUAAAACUAAAAAGAAGUCCUGAAGCAAGGUAUAAAAACAUAUAAAAAGAUUAGGAAAUGUUGCCAGUUUUACAUAAUUUUUUUCACUGCCUUACAAGUAAGUCUUUUUACAAAAGAAUUUCAUUAUCUUUGAAUAUACAAACACUCAUACUAGCAGGUUAAUUAUUAUAGAAAAUUUUAAAAUUGCAUUUUAGUAGAUGAACUUUUUUAAAAUAGGAAAACAUGGUUGGAUCCCACUAAUGUCUUACUGAACAGUCAUUACAUCAUAAAGUGCAAGCAUACUCAUGAAUUGAUUUUAAUGUUAUCCAUAUACAGACGUCAGUAGGAAUGACGUUUGAAUACAGGUCAUCCUUGAGUUACAAAUGUAAUAGAUCCUGCCAUUUGCAUUUGUAACCUAAGGAUUCGUUGACUGGAUCAUGUUUGUUUCCCUGCUUUCCUCAAUGCAUUCAUUAAUCGAAUGCAUAGGUUGUUAAGUGCAGCUGAACUAUCUCAUGGGAGAUAGUGCUAGAACAUGCCAACUGCUUCUGAACACCAAGGCCUCCCCCAACUCACUGAGAUAUCUCAUGCUCCCUUGGGGUCCCCAUAGUUGUUUUCCCCCAUCUUGCC